GGACGCCAAGCCCGGCGCGCCCGUCCACGAGCCGCUGCUCGCGGCGGCGCGGCCCGGCAAGGACGCGGCCGCGGCGGCGGACGACGAUGGGGCGCGUCAGGGCCUCGCCGCGGCGGAGGUGAAGCGGCUGGUGCGGCUCGGCGGGCCGAUCAUCGCCAGCUGCAUCCUCCAGAACGUCGUCAACAUGGUGUCCGUCAUGGUCGUCGGCCACCUCGGCGAGCUGCCCCUCGCCGGCGCCUCCCUCGCCACCUCCCUCGCCAACGUCACCGGCUACAGCCUCCUGACCGGCAUGGCGACGGCGAUGGAUACGCUCUGCGGCCAGGCCUACGGCGCGCGGCUGUACCACCGGCUCGGCGUCUACAAGCAGCGCGCCAUGGUGGUGCUCUCGCUCGCCUGCGUCCCCAUCGUCCUCAUCUGGGCCAACACCGCCAGGAUCCUCGUCUUCCUCGGCCAGGACCCGGCCAUAUCGGCCGUGGCCGGCGAGUACGCGCGGUGGAUGAUCCCGUCGCUCGUCGUCUACGUGCCUCUGCAGUGCCACAUACGGUUCCUGCAGUCGCAGAGCAUCGUCCUGCCCGUGACGGCCAGCUCCGGCACCACGGCGCUCUGCCACCCGCUCGUCUGCUGGCUGCUGGUGUACAAGGCCGGCCUGGGGAGCAAGGGCGCCGCGCUCAGCAACGCCGUCUCCUACGGCAUCAAUCUGGUCAUACUGGCUCUGUACGUCAGGCUGUCCAGCACCUGCAAGAACACCUGGAGCGGCUUCUCCCGGGAGGCGUUCAGGGAGCUGCGCCAGUUCACCGCGCUCGCCAUGCCGUCCGCCAUGAUGAUCUGCUUGGAGUGGUGGUCAUUUGAAAUCCUUGUGCUUCUCUCUGGGCUUCUGCCCAAUCCUCAGCUUGAGACAUCAGUGCUGUCAAUAUGCCUUAACACAGGGGCACUGCUGUACAUGGUACCACUUGGCCUUUCCUCUUCUAUCAGCACGCGCGUCUCAAACGAACUUGGCGCCGGCCACCCAGAAGCAGCAAAGCUAGCGACGCGAGUGGUCAUGUACAUGGCCUUAUCUGUAGGAUUGGUGUUAGCCCUGACCAUGGUCUUGCUACGGAAUGUUUGGGGGUACCUGUACAGCAAUGAGCAGGAAAUCGUCACAUACAUUUCAAGGAUGCUGCCCAUUCUCGGAAUAUCUUACUUGAUAGAUGGACUCCACAGUUCUCUUUCAGGAGUGCUUACGGGCAGUGGCAAGCAGAACAUCGGAGCAGCCGUGAAUCUCGGUGCGUUCUACCUGCUAGGCAUUCCCUUGGCUGCGAUGCUUGCAUUUGUCUUCCACCUAAACGGAAUGGGUCUCUGGCUUGGCAUCGUUUCCGGCAGCUUCACCAAACUGGUGCUGCUAACAUUUAUCGCGUGGUGCAUAGAUUGGGAAAAGGAGGCACUAAAGGCACAGGACAGGGUCUUGGGUUCAGCUCGCCUACUUCCAGUAUCGUAGCAACGUGAAGCAUCGCGUGGAUACACCAUAGCACUCGCGCGUUGAUGAGGCAUUCAGCAAGGACGACAUAUGGUCCUCGGAUGUAAAACAGAGCAGCCUCAAACAUGAGAUCAGCAGGCAGAGGCAUGAUCCAGACAUUUUGGCAGUUGUAUGUUUGGUCGGAUUCAUUCUUGCGGUAAGUGUGUAACUGAGCUCUUGCUAUAGGAGACAGUGUGUGGGUAAGCAAUGCGUAGCGAAACCAUUGUAAUCUCCACCCAAUGCUAUACAAUGAUGUUUGUUGUGUGGCAUGUUGAGAUGCAUAUAUCCAGUAAGCAGCUUGGGGGGCGUCUGGAACACAUAGCAACUGAAACUGUAUAUGAUUAAUUUGAAGCACUUGAUCAGUUGCAAGCUACUCCCUCUGUUUCUUGUUAGUCUGCAUAUGAAAUUUGUCCGAAAUCAAA